AUGAUAACUCGUGCCUCUCGGAGUAUUCUACCAUCACUCAGACACUUCUCUUCCGAAGUUGUCGCUGAGCAAUCAAAUGAUAAAAGGCUUAAAAAGAUCGGAAGAGCUCUAGAAACCUAUCUUAAACAGAGUAAGGAGCAUACAGCUAUGAUGAAUAGGGAGAGAGCGGACUUUGAGCUUGGUCGACGCCAUUUAGCUAAUAUGAUGUCACUAGAUGCUAACACGAUGACACAGUCUGAUAUUGAUAGUGCUAUUGAAUACCUAUUUCCUUCGGGACUCUCAGAUCCCAAAGCAAGGCCAGUAAUGCGUCCACCAGAUGAGAUUAUUCCCCAAUUUAAACAAUUCACUUUCGAUGAUGAAGGAAGACCAAAUGGAAGUCGUUUCUAUACAUUGAGCCCCAAUUAUUAUACUCUUCUUUCCGAUAUUGGUAUUAAAACGCAAAAUGUUACAAGAUUCUAUAAUGAAAGAGCCGAGCUUGGCAGAUUGAAGGAUGCUGAUAUGCAAAUCAUUAAUUUGAGUGGUUCUCAAUGGUUGAAUGAAGAAAAAAUGAAAAAGAAGCUCAAAGAGAAGUUCAGCACUGAAAUGUAUGUCCAACUUAUGAUGGCUUUAGACUACUUGGUUAGCAUUCCUGGAUCCGCCGUAGAAGCCGAUUUUAUAAAUGAAUAUAGAGAGCCUCUAGCAGCAACCACAGAUUCUAAAUUAUUUGGGCCUAAAAUCCCUGAAGUGGAAAUUUGCAAAGAAACCAAUAGAAGAACUGCGACCGUCAGGACACAUUGUAAGAACACAACUGCAACUGUAACAGUCUCUGAUGCUGGUACUGGAAAGUUUGAUAUCGACGGCCUUGCCUUAUAUGACUUCCGAUCUCUCUUGGCCAGAGAAAUCCUGUUAGCUCCUCUGAUUGUGUCGGAUCUUCUUGAUCGCGUUGAUGUCAAAGCCAAUGUCGAAAACGAUGGAAUCACUGCAUUACCUAAAGCUGUUCGCCAUGGAACCUCUCUUUGUAUCGCUGCUUUGUAUCCAGAGUCGAUGGAGGCUUUAAGAUUGGCUGGUCUUCUAACUUUGGAUCCUAGAAAGAAGGAAAGAAGCAAGGUCAAUCAACCUGGAGCUAGAGCUAAAUGGAUCUGGAAGCGCCGCUAG